AUGGGGGCUGUCCAGAGGCCGCCUCCAGCAUCCGCGUGUCUGUCCGCCUGCCAAGGCCUGCUAGCAUGUCCCACGAUCUUGGGCUUGAGGAUGUGCUCCAUAGUCAUGCUUCAUCAGUGGAGUCUGGCUGUGUUCUUGCUGUGCUCACCAGUGACUCUUGACGGGAGACCGGUUCCUGCACUUAGUAGCAGAACGAAGAGGUCAGUGAGCCACGCCCAGCUGAUGCACGACAAGGGCCGCUCCUUACAGGAGUUCAAGCGCCGCAUGUGGCUGCAGCAGCUGCUGGACGAGGUGCACACCGCCGACGAGCGAGCUCCGCCCGUGCAGAGCCGAGCCCCGAUCCAGACCUUCAGUGGGAACGCGCUGCACGAGAAGCCCCCGGGGGCCACCAAGAACCUCCCCACCGGGUUCAGCCCGGACAUAGAGGGCCCCAACCUGCCACAGGAGACCAACAAGGCCGUGGCCUACAAGGACCAGCCACUUAAAGGGGCCACCAAGAGGAAAAAAAAGGCGAGGUUGGGCCGUCGCAGAGAGAGCGACAAGAAGCGCAGGCGGGCGCGGGCCGUCACAGCCGAGGAGCCGUGAAGGACGCAGCGACCUGGUUAAGAGACUCCCGAAGGCGUUGGGAUGGAACUGCACUAAGACACGGACACAUAGGCUCAGCUGGAGCGGGGGGGGGGAGCUGAGAGACUCUACUCAUGGCUGACUUAGUCACUUCGUAUCACGUCCUGGGUUUGUGCUUGUAUGAUAAUGUUUUGCUGAGUUUAUAUAUCUGAUCAGAAUGUUUUUUUUUACAAAAUAUCUCCACAACAUCUUUUUAGGUCCAUAUUUAUUUUGGAACACCUGUAGGCAUCUGUAAUUUUGACUUCAAAACAAAGCCAUAUGUUGUCAUCUCUAACCAAACGAGUGCACGAGUAUUUAUUGCCUGACUAUUAUGUAACUUCAAAAAAUUGGGAGGCCGAGUGGUCUACUUUUUGGUUUGGCUCCAUGUUGACUAUCGUGAACUUACAGUUACUGUAACACAGGCUGUUCACUGCGUACAUCUGUUCAAACCGUUCUGCCAUAAUUUAUUUCACUUUGAAAGUGUGUAUUUAUUUUGUGAAUGUAUCAUGGUGCUGCUGACUAAAUUCCAUAAUGCACUUUAGUUAUAUCCUGUACAUGUUCUUUUGUGGUUGAGUUCUAUUUUGAUGUUUCUUUUGGAAGUUUUCUGCUUUCCUUUCCUUACUUAGAUCCCCCGUGGACUUGUAACUUAUUGGAUGCUUCAUCAAGUCUACUCUCACCAUUUCAUAUUAUAGUUUAUUUUUAUAGAACAAGCCUAAGUCGGGGGCUGUCAGAAUCAUUUAAUGUUCUUCACCAUGCA